AUGCAAACAGCACCCGUCGCACUAGCCGCAUACAAAUACACUGAAACAGAAUCAUCGCAGCGCCGGCGAACAGUCCGAUGCCGAGAUCAGGCACAAUCCAAUGCAUGGCAGCCUGCGCUCCCCAUCCGUACCACAGCACACCGACUGGGUAAGGAUCGAGGUGGGGAACAUGAGAACUACCCUGAAUUCUGCUUUGUCAUUUUCGCCAUGCUUCUUCAAGGCUCGGUAAACUGGAUCCGCGAGGAACCCGCAUACCUAUGA